AUGCAGGAUGAUACAACCUCUUCCAACAUCUACGAGACUCCCUAUGCAGAAGUGGACAUUGUCAACAGUCCUUCCAAAUCCCCCAUCGGGGACACCACAGGAGGUAGUGGAAAUGACAACGGAAGUGUCUGUUUCACCUCCUACGGUGUGAUCAACUCCCCCUACGCUAGUAGCAGUGGCCAAAGUAACCGAUUUCCUGGCCUUGGCAACGGCGGUGAUUCACAGAAUCGGACCCAGGGCAAUAAUCGUCCGCUGAUGGAGUGGGUGGUGAAGAAGAGAACGGAUGGCACACGAUAUAUCACUCGUCGACCGGUUAGGUAUGUGGUAGACCAAUCAAAACCCAUUUAA